CCGCUUAGAGGGCGCCACUAUACGUAAGUUGGCAACGCUCGCAGGCAAGCAACGCUAUUUUAAAUUGCGUCGCCGGCGAAGAAGCGUCCUUUCCAUUAUUAUUUGUUUUUUUUUCUCCCAUUCGCUUCGACCGCAAAAAUGAGCUCCGACGACGAGAAUAAAUCCGGAUCAGAAGUGAACAGUGAAAACGAGGAAGAGGAGGAUGCUGCAAAUUCCAUCGACGAAGAAACGACUGCAGAACAGGAGGAGGAAUCUGCAGUCACGUGGCAAGAUCUGGGAUUAGUCGAUACUCUGUGCAAAGCCUGCGAGGAGUUGAAAUGGAAGGCGCCCUCGAAGAUUCAGAGGGAGGCGAUCCCGCUUGCGUUGGAGGGCAAAGACAUCAUCGGUUUAGCCGAGACGGGUUCGGGGAAAACGGCGGCUUUCGCUUUGCCCAUUCUGCAAGCCUUAUUGGAAUGUCCGCAAAGGUACUUUGCUUUAGUUCUGACACCCACGAGGGAAUUGGCUUUCCAGAUCUCCGAACAAUUCGAGGCUCUUGGAUCUGCGAUAGGAGUUAAAUGCGCCGUCAUAGUAGGUGGCAUGGAUAUGAUGUCUCAAGCAAUUAUAUUGGCGAAGAAGCCGCACAUCAUAAUAGCCACGCCGGGACGUCUCAUCGAUCAUUUGGAGAACACCAAAGGCUUCAAUCUGAGAUCACUGAAAUUCUUGGUGAUGGACGAGGCGGACAGAAUUCUGAAUAUGGACUUUGAGGUUGAAGUGGAUAAAUGCUUGAAAGUUAUUCCGAGGGACAGACGUACGUUCCUGUUUUCUGCGACGAUGACCAAGAAGGUUAACAAAUUGCAGAGGGCUUGUCUGAAGGAGCCGGUCAGGGUGGAGGUGUCCACCAAGUAUCAAACGGUGGAGAAGCUGCUGCAGUACUACGUCUUUAUACCGGUGAAAUUUAAGGACGUGUACUUGGUGCAUCUGCUGAACGAGAUGGCCGGCAACAGUUUCAUCAUCUUCUGCGGCACCUGCAACAACACGAUCCGCGCAGCGCUGAUGCUGCGGAACCUGGGAUUCACCGCUGUCCCGCUGCACGGACAGAUGUCGCAGAACAAGAGGUUGGCCGCGCUGACCAAGUUCAAGGCGAAGAAUCGCUCAAUCCUGAUAUGCACGGAUGUGGCGAGCAGAGGCUUGGACAUCCCGCACGUGGACGUCGUCAUCAACUUUGACAUUCCCACGCACAGCAAGGAUUACAUCCACAGGGUGGGUCGCACCGCCAGGGCCGGACGAUCCGGCAAGGCGAUCACCUUCGUCACUCAGUACGACGUCGAGCUGUACCAGAGGAUAGAGGAGUUGAUCGGGAAGAAGCUGCCGCUGUACAAGACGGAGGAGGAUGAGGUGAUGGUGCUGCAGGAGCGAGUUGCCGAGUCCAAUAGGUUAGCGCGCGUCGAUCUGAAAGAUAUCGUCGAGAAGAAGGGCGUGAAUAAGCGCAAGGGUAUCGACGAUGAUCAGGACGACAUGGAGAUGUCGUCCGGCGUUCGGAAACGACUGAAAGGCAAAGGCGGCGGUGGUGGAGGAGGCAAGAAGAAAGGUGGAAAUAAUAAGAGAAGGUAAAUGCAGUUUUACGUUUACUGAAUAAACACGGCUGUGAGCGUGCGUUGUGAUUACAACAUCCAAUGCACUUCUUUUUAAAUUAAAAUUAAAAACGCAAAAAAAAUACAAAUAAACACAUGAAAUAGGAGAAG